CACUAUGUAUUUUCUCUAGCUCGACGACAAAAGUUCUGCCUUUGCUUUGUCUUAUCGAAGACUUGUUCUUGAAUGUUCGUAAAAUAUUUUUUCCACCGCGCAAUUGCUUUUCAGCUCUUGCAGCUGCAACUGGAACAACAGCCUAUUUGUGUGCUGUACUAUUAAGUUGCAUCAACAUACAAUUAUCUAAGUUGAACUGAUCUUUGUAGUCCCAGUAGGCAGCAUGUCUUUAUGGGGACUAUUCAAGAAAGAAAAAACGCUUGUGCGUUUAUUCUUUUAUCUUUACGCGUUGACACGUUGUUCUUACUUAUAUACAGGAACCAUCUUUAGCUUUACUUGAAAAGAUGAAGUAGUCCGGCGCCGGCGAAGCCGGAUCUGUCUUCUUCUAGCCAGGUCCCACUUCAUUCUUGCGCAAUAAAGUACAUUUUGCGCAGAGCAGUCCUAGAUAUGCACAUGACCCGCCUACAUUCUGACUCUACUACUACUUCUUGUUCUUGGAGGCAAUGGCCUUUGACGCAAUAUUUGAUAUGAUAUUCAUUGUCUUCUUGUUCUUCUUUACCAUGCUAGAACAUCAAGAAGCCCUCGCGCGCACAACUCAUUCUUUUUAUUCGUAGUGCGCACACGUCAGUCCACCUGCAGCAAUGGCGCUGCUCUGGCUGCGGAGGUAAAGCUCUGACUGAAGGCAUCGAACUACGUAUGUCCAGCACGAGGGCCGGCACUAGUAUCUUCUAUAGAUGCAGGGUCCACGACCUCUCUUGGACGAGGUUGGAAGAGCUAGACGUCAAGAGCUAGACGUCAUCUUUGAUUUUAAAAUUCUUGUGAUGCUUUGCCCUCCGUUCAUUAUGUCAGUAGCGGCGCCAUUGUUUAUCUUAUGCCCCUACAGUGUUUGUUUUUCCCAAACCUGAUCUUUCUAUGUGCAGCCCCGCCCACGAUGACAUGUAGGCCAUUCUCGGUCUUGAUUAUUGCCACUUGAGCGGGCUGCUGUAUUUCCUUUUAGUACCAGUUUUCCUUUUGAAAAAAUAAAAAAUCUGCAUAAUAUGGUACAUCUACAUCACCUAAAGAAGUGCGCAAACAAAAGCAAUUGUAUUUCCUGCCGCUACAGCUACAGCAGAUAUACUUAAGAACCGAGCGGUGCAGGCGAGUUUGUGUUUGCGUUUCUGUAGCAGAUAUGAGUAUUCACUUCUUGGCCUGCGUUGAUUCUUCUUCAUCUGAAGAAGACUCGAUCGACAGCGAGGCGACAAUGAAGGAACAACAAUCGCUUUCUCUUUAAUACCUCCACGCAAAUAAGACUACCUCAAAUAAAUAAAUUCUUGUUGGGUAACGUUGAUACGUUAUCAUUUUUCAUCGUUGUGCAAAAAGUAGUGUAGGACUAUGAGCUUUCUUUGUUUUGCAUUGUGAGCUUUUUUUGUAUUUGUUCUCUAUCACCUCCAAGAUAAUACAUUAAGAAGUGUGACUUCUACGGAGGAUGAGUACGAUAAUUUUCGAAGAAACUUCACAGCAUUUGUUCUUGUUGCCUACACUAUGCGAAGAAAAAGGUGCUGUUACAGUUACCUAUUGCGACGUUGGUGCUGGACAGGUACUUUGCCAAAAGCCCGCAGUGCUUCUGCUUGCGACCCUCGUUGCGAUCGUGCCUUUCCUGCUCAUGAAAUCUCGAAGAUCUUUGCAGUAUGUUUGCAAGUCUUCUUUGUCAUGCCGAGCAAGUUCUUUCUGCAGGUACCAGUGGCACACGACGCCCAGCAUCAUUCGUCAAGUGUGUAACUGUAACACUUUUUUUCUUGGAUAGGCUCAUGUAUUAAGCUAGCGCAAAACUACAGCUUAUAAUCUCCAGGCACCAAGAGCAUUACGAUCAUCCUUUUUGAUUGCAAGGAAAUCUCACCUGACAAACGGAAAACAAAAGCGAUACAAAUAAUGUUAGAUUUUUCAUUGAGUGUAAUCGACACGACGUUUUUUUCUCGCAUGUGAGGUAUUACGUGUAGGUAUAGGAACAUCAUCAAGUGUCAAUGCGAACUGUCAAUGUCUGCAACCCACUUGUUUUGUUGAUAGAUUUUUAUGAAAAUUUUUGGGAAUAUGAAAUGACAAUGAGCACUCGUCGUGCGAAUGAUAAAGGUGGUCGGGAAGGUGGUGGUAAAAGACCAAAAGCAACACCCGGGUCGAGAUGUGUUUUGGUUUUGGAAU